AUGGCAGCGUUGGAAGAUACUUCGGUCCCUCUCGUGCGCAUCUCCAAAAUUGCAGAUCGCUACCUAGUCUUCGAUGCACAAGAUGUGGCCAUCAUCAGGCGCAGUCACAACAUCUGUUCCGUUCUGGUGGGAACAACCCCGCAGAACCCAACACAAAACGUGUUCUUGAGUUUACCGCUGGAAUUGCUUCCCGAGGAGGCUAGCGUGCUUGUCGAGAAGAAGGUAGGCCGCCUUGUUGAAGAGGCUCCGCAUCACCUGUCAUCACUACGUUCCCCGGACAAGGGCACCCGCCAGGCCUACAUUGCACUUUUGAAAGAACGUCGGCACAAGGCGCAGAAGCUGCUAGCAGAAGACCAGGCCAAAAAGGCAGCCACGGAACAGACGCGGAGGGCAAAGGGCGCUAAAUCGUCUACGGCUCAACCGAUAACCAGUUCUCAGUUGGAGAAUUCUCAGUCUGGAACUGCUGUCCCAGAUAGAGAUAGGGGGUCUGAAUUCCGCGAUGGCGUAGAUGUCAAGCCAUCCUUAGCGGUCACGCCGACCACCAGCGAAGGUCUAUUGGCACCCUCGGACGAGGUUGAUGCAGCAGUGUCUCAACCCCUUCCUGAUCCGUUGCAUCGGCACUUACAGUCUAGAGGAUACUUCAUGACCCCCGGCCUGCGUUUCGGCGCCAACUACAGUGUAUAUCCAGGUGACCCGCUGCGAUAUCACGCUCACUUCCUCGCCACAAGCUACGAGUGGGACGAGAAAAUACCAAUGCUUGACAUUGUUGGCAGUGGUCGUCUAGGUACAUCGGUCAAAAAGGGCUUUCUGUUUGGCGGAGAGGUCCCUGAUAUGAAUGGUGAUACCAAGCAAGUGCGCGCAUUUUGCGUUGAAUGGGCAGGAAUGUGA